CUGACUGCUGCCAGCUCCGGGAUAGCGCAGAGGGCUGUGACGAAGAGCGCAGCAGGUACCACGGUAUGCGUGUCGGCUCCUGGAGCUGAGCAGCAGCGAUGUGGCACCCGGCUCUGGGACCAGGGUGGAAGCCGCUGCUGGCGCUGGCGCUGGCGCUGACCAGCCUGCGAGGCGUGAGGGGCAUUGAGGAGGAACCGAACAGUGGUGGGAGCUUCCAGAUAGUCACCUUCAAAUGGCACCACGUCCAGGAUCCAUACAUCAUCGCACUCUGGAUCCUCGUGGCCAGCUUGGCCAAAAUCGUCUUCCAUCUGUCCCACAAGGUCACCAGUGUUGUCCCGGAGAGUGCUCUGCUCAUCGUUCUGGGCCUGGUGCUGGGCGGCAUCGUCUGGGCAGCUGACCACAUCGCCUCCUUCACACUCACACCCACACUCUUCUUCUUCUACCUGCUGCCCCCUAUUGUGUUGGAUGCUGGGUACUUCAUGCCCAAUCGACUCUUCUUUGGCAACCUGGGCACCAUCCUGCUAUAUGCUGUCAUUGGCACUAUAUGGAACGCAGCUACCACAGGAUUGUCCCUCUAUGGUGUCUUCCUCAGUGGCCUGAUGGGCGAACUGAAGAUCGGCCUCCUGGAUUUCCUGCUAUUUGGCAGCCUCAUUGCAGCUGUGGACCCGGUGGCUGUGCUGGCUGUGUUUGAGGAAGUCCAUGUCAAUGAAGUCCUGUUCAUCAUUGUUUUUGGGGAGUCACUGCUUAAUGACGCGGUGACUGUGGUCUUGUACAAUGUGUUUGAGUCUUUCGUGACGCUGGGUGGUGAUGCAGUGACUGGCGUGGACUGUGUGAAAGGCAUAGUGUCCUUCUUCGUGGUGAGCCUGGGGGGCACUCUGGUGGGUGUCAUCUUCGCCUUCCUGCUGUCCUUGGUGACUCGUUUCACCAAGCAUGUGCGUAUCAUCGAGCCUGGCUUCGUCUUUGUCAUUUCCUACCUGUCCUAUCUGACCUCCGAGAUGCUGUCCUUGUCAGCCAUCCUGGCCAUCACCUUUUGUGGCAUCUGCUGUCAGAAGUACGUGAAGGCCAACAUCUCAGAGCAGUCGGCCACCACCGUGCGCUACACUAUGAAGAUGCUGGCAAGUGGAGCAGAGACCAUUAUCUUCAUGUUCCUGGGCAUCUCGGCUGUGGACCCCGUCAUCUGGACAUGGAACACAGCUUUUGUGUUGCUGACACUGGUCUUCAUUUCUGUAUACCGAGCCAUUGGUGUUGUUCUGCAGACCUGGAUCCUGAAUCGCUACCGCAUGGUGCAGCUAGAGACCAUUGACCAGGUGGUCAUGUCCUACGGUGGCCUGCGUGGGGCAGUGGCCUAUGCCUUGGUGGUACUUCUGGAUGAGAAAAAAGUCAAGGAGAAAAACCUGUUUGUCAGCACCACUCUCAUUGUGGUCUUCUUCACAGUCAUCUUUCAGGGCCUGACCAUUAAGCCCCUGGUGCAGUGGCUGAAGGUGAAGAGGAGCGAGCAGCGUGAGCCGAAGCUCAACGAGAAGCUGCAUGGCCGGGCUUUCGACCACAUCCUCUCAGCCAUUGAGGACAUCUCAGGACAAAUUGGACACAAUUACCUCAGAGAUAAGUGGUCCAAUUUUGAUAGGAAGUUCCUCAGCAAAGUCCUCAUGAGAAGAUCUGCUCAAAAAUCUCGAGAUCGGAUCCUGAAUGUUUUCCAUGAGCUGAAUUUGAAGGAUGCCAUUAGCUAUGUGGCCGAGGGAGAGCGCCGUGGGUCCCUGGCCUUCAUUCGCUCCCCAAGUACGGACAAUAUGGUCAAUGUGGACUUCAGCACACCCCGCCCAUCUACAGUGGAGGCAUCCGUCUCCUAUUUCUUGAGGGAAAAUGUCAGUGCUGUAUGCCUGGACAUGCAGUCCUUGGAACAGAGGCGGAGGAGCAUCCGUGACACCGAGGACAUGGUCACCCACCACACGUUGCAGCAGUACCUCUACAAGCCUCGGCAGGAGUACAAGCAUCUCUACAGUCGGCACGAGCUCACACCCAAUGAGGAUGAGAAGCAGGACAAGGAGAUCUUCCACAGGACCAUGCGGAAGCGCCUGGAGUCCUUUAAGUCGGCUAAGCUGGGCAUCAACCAGAACAAGAAGGCAGCCAAGCUAUAUAAGAGGGAGCGCGCACAGAAGCGGAGGAAUAGCAGCAUUCCUAAUGGGAAGCUGCCUAUGGAGAAUCUGGCACACAACUUCACCAUCAAGGAGAAAGAUUUGGAACUUUCAGAGCCUGAGGAGGCCACCAACUAUGAAGAGAUCAGUGGAGGCAUUGAAUUUCUGGCCAGCGUCACCAAAGAUGUAGCCUCUGACUCUGGGGCAGGAAUUGAUAAUCCUGUGUUCUCCCCUGACGAGGAUCUGGACCCAAGCAUCCUAUCCAGGGUGCCACCCUGGCUGUCCCCUGGGGAGACUGUGGUGCCCUCCCAGAGGGCCCGUGUCCAGAUUCCCAACUCUCCCAGCAACUUCCGCCGCCUGACUCCAUUCCGCCUCAGCAACAAAUCAGUGGAUUCCUUCCUGCAGGCUGAUGGCCCCGAGGAACAGCUCCAACCCGCUUCCCCUGAGUCCACACACAUGUAACUGGUUCCUUCCUCCAAUGCCUUCUUUCUUCCCAGCUGUUGCCUUCAGGCCUCUCUACAGUACCUGCACCUUUUCAGACUUUGCAGCAGCUGUCUUCAUUCUGUAAACCCUGCCUUGGCCAUCUGUCCAGCUGUAUAUUUCUUGGGAGGACUUCCAUUUGAGUCUGCUUCUCUAGCUAAUGUGUAGUAUCCAGAUGGAUUUAAGGGCCUGGCAUGACGGUGUAUGCCUAUAACCGCAGUAUUUACAGAAGAUAGGAAGACUAAGGGUUUGAGGCUAGCCUGAGCAACGUAGAAGUAUACCGUGGUCAGGUCUCAGGCCCAUUUCAGAUGAAAAUGAAAGUGGUUUUCUAUUUAGUGGACAUUUACAGAGUCCUUUAAUCAGUCCAGUGUGAAAUGAAAUGAAGCACGCUCCUUUAUAAUUGGAGAUUCUCGCUAGCCCUGGUCAUGCACGCACGCACGCACGCACGCACGCAACACACACACGCAAUGCACGCACGCACGCACGCACGCACGCACGCACGCACGCGCCACUGAUUCUCUCCUAGGAGUCCAGUUCUGAAAUGCUGUAGUAAUAACAGGAAACCUGUUUGUUCCAGCGCUCUUCCACCUGCUCUUUGCUUCUGCCUCUGGGCUCGCCUCCACUUCCUCUCUUUCGACAGGGUCUCGCUGUGCAGCCCUGGCUGUUCUGGAACUAGCUCUGAAAACUAGGCUGUCUUGGAACUCAGAAAAAUGCCUACCUUUGCCUCCUGAGUACUGGGAUUAAAGGCCUGGCCCUUUGAAAGAGCCUUGUGUACCUUGAGGCUUGUGAUAGGUUGCAAGGGUAGCGCAGUAGUACCCAGGAGUGGGUGUGCACCCCUUGUAGAGGGAACUGCUAUCAAUGACAGGGUUUGAAAGUGUCAGAAUAGCGGGAGUGAUCCAGAUCUGCUGGCUGCUCAGUGCACAGCUGCCAAGGAAGGUUCAGAGACACUGGCUGGAACGCCUUGUAACUGCAGUGGUGCAUAGCGGAAAAUUCCCCAUUGUGUAUGAAAGGCUAGGGGUCCUUCUGAGGUACCUUUUCUAUGGUCAGGCACCUAGUUUGGGGCAAGCCACAGAGGAACAGCAAACUCAGGGGGAAGGGAAUCUUGGGCCGAGUACAAGUUUCUGUAUGUCAGUGUUGAUCUGGACUGGGAGUCAUUCACACUCUUUCUUCCCACAGGUGAUACAGGCUCUGGCACACCACUUACUGGACGCUUGUCUCGUCAGUCAUCUGCUGCUGCCCAGCAGCCAUUGCUCCCUGCAGGGCUUGCCCACCCACGUGCCCCAAGCCCCGCCCCACCUGAGCGCACUUCGACUGUCACUUUUGCCUCUGGUGUUCCUGGGACAGAGCCAGAGCACCGGGCCCCACCCAGUGCCCACGCUCGGUCGGCGGCUGCGCGCCGGGUACACAGUAGGCGCUCAUUCCAAAAGCCUCGCCCACGCCGACGCCCAGCUCUGCUAAAACUCGCUUCUCUUCCGGGCUCUACAGAACUGCCACUGCACGCUCUGGAGCAAGAAGAGACGCCGCUGUGAUCGCUGCCUGGCCGAUGGCCCAGCUCCGAGGGUCUCCCUCAGUGGCCCCUCCCCAACCAGCUAGUGUUCUUAGGGUCCAACGCACCCUAGGAGUUUUAAUGCAUAGCCUAGCCCUAGGAAGAAUCUUUUAAUCCAUAUGGUGUCCUCAGGAUACCACAUUGCCACCUGCCGUCUUCUUGCCCUGGUUCAGUUCCUAGGGCUCUGUGGUGCUGCCUCCCCACCCCUACCCAGAGGCGAGCCCUUGUUAGUGUUUGCCACCCUUAUUCUGAGAGGAGAAAGAUCCAUGAGAGGCCUGUAGCGGACUUAAUCACUGCUGGUACAAACAAAGGUCUCAAAAAUUGAGAUUUGUAGAAGUGGCACCACCCAAAUCAACCUCAUUCUAAAUAGGCAGCAGUUUUUUGUGCGUCCCCAGAAUAUACACCCCUGUGGCCCUAUCUGACCCCUUCCAAGUUAGUUCUCCAGACUGCCCUAUCACCUUAUGAUCAACUGCAGAAAUAUUUGGCUCUUCUAGCUCAGACUUUCCUGUCCAGCCCCUUCCAGCCUGGGCCUUGCCGUCAAAAACAAGGUGUCCGGCCUGAACUAUCCCUAAGUUGGGAACACUGCAGAUGGCCAGGCAAGCUGGGCUAGGGGCUAGAAGUGGCCCACUGGAAGCCUUCCUUGGUCAAAAUUAUAGCCAGCUCUGGCAUCUAUCAAAGGAGGGCUCUACAUCACCCAGGAGUAGAGGAAUGCAGGAAUCCAGUCUCUGAACAUUUUGUCCUGUCCCUAGGUCUUCAGGGCCUCCGCCUUAGAACAUUGGCCCUCUGGAGGGGUAAGAGGCUGGGCCCUCAGCCCUUAUCAACUUCCUCAGAAGUCCAGUGUUCAAGAGUCACCUGAGUUUUGCUUCCAACUCACUAGAAACUUUGCCUGCACCACAGGGAGAUCGAGAUGGGGCUAAAGGUGGACUUAAUGACUUCCUGGAGACUUCUGAAACAAAGCACUCAGGUCUCUGCUCAGGAAACUAAAUACUGUGUCUCAGGAACAAGGUUGACAGUUACCUUCAGAGGAGUCACAGGAAAGUCUGUCAAUCUGUAUUAAUGCUGCAGUUGAUUUGUAGACAGGAAGAGAGCUGGGAGGAGUGAAAGCAAAGCAAGUUCGCCCAACAUACUGCAUUCUGCUUCAGAGUGUCGCCCCCCCCCCCAACUGAGCCUGCCAGUAUGCUGUUGACUGUCUAGUUCACACUCAGCCAUCAGAUGCUCAGCAUCUGGUUUCCACAGCCCUUGAAGCAUUUGUCCCUUUCCGAAUUGAAGUCCAGCCACUGGACAAUGCCAGGGUCAGUAAUUUCACCAGACUAUUUGGAGCUGCCAUUUGGGGUACUUCCAAGGCAGGCUGUGCUUGGCUACUGUACCCGGGGUGUUCUGAGAGGCAUCUAUCAGCCUCUGCUCUGCAGACAAGUUUCUCAGACCUUUCUGUGCCAGGACACUGCCUUAACACCUCAUCCAAUCUGCUGGACAUGGGGUCCAAUUCCCACUGCAGAAUUAGAAGCCAAGUGUGACGAGACAGUGCCUCAGCAACUGUCACCUUGCACCAGAUACCCAGAGAUACCAAAGCUAGCAGCCGGGGGUGAUCAAUCUGUGGAACCCUUUGACACUCUGUCCAUGUUUUAGCUGUGCACAGGCCAUGUCCUUUGAGUGUGUGAACUACACCACUGGGCAUAGCCAUAUGGAAUCAGUCUUGACAAGAAAGCCUCAUUCACAAAACCCCACUUCCUGUACCUAAAUGAUACAUACAGUGGCUACAUUUCAUAGUUGAGGACCCUCUUGUUCUUGUCAUUGUUGUACAAUAGAAUGUAAAAUCCUAUGAAUGUAUUUCCUUAGGAAAACUAUUGUAAAAGUUUUUUUUUUAUUAGGAGAGAAUUUCUAUUUAUUUAAUACUGAACUUUGACCUACUUUGUGGUACUACAAAGUAUACAAAUUUAGGAAAUUUGUAUUUCCGCUUCUGUAUUUUCUUGAAAAUAAUUUUAUUACAGUGUUCAAUAUACUAUGUAUUAAUAAUCUUUUUAUGAAAGGAAAUUUAAAGAACUUCAUCAAAACCAGAAAUAUAUUUUGAGUGGUUAAAAUUGUGUAUUAAUGUUGUGAACAUAAUCAUAGUUGAACUUUAAUUCUGAUCUCAGAAUAAUGUGCCUUAAAAUGCCCCCAUGUGUUGGGCAGCAUCUGUACAAGGAGUCCAUUAGCAAAGCUGCAGUGACUACUUGUUUAUGCCUAUUAAAGACACUUCAAGGC